UUCGUAUGUGCCUUUUUCUUUCUCGUAUUAUUUUAUAACUUGUCAUGACACACCAAAAAUUACCCAAAUUUCUCAAACCCACAAAAGUUCAAGAACGUUUAAAAUCUUUUAAUUGCGCUUUUGUUGACCGGUGUCUCGAUCUCCCAUGAUGCCUCGGGACAGCAGCAGCCAUGCUGGUGGUCGCGGUGUUUCGGCCGGCUCAACAUCAACGGAGGAAAGAGGAUUAAAUAGUUGGAACUAUGGCUAGCCACGUACUCUCUUUUGCUCGGUCUGAUCCAUCUCGUGCCUUGGACGUAGAUGUCUAUCGACUGUACUCUGAGAGCGACAAGCAAUGGGCAGCACGAAGGCACUUCAUCGUCAAGCAUGCGACAGACUACCGGGCCAAUAUGGACCAGCUGCUAUCCCUGUCCAUGGUGUGGGUUAAUCACAUCUUCAUGGGGUGCAGGUACAACUCUGAGCUGCUACAGAAGGUCAUAUCUAUGGCCGAGGGCAUUGACUUGGGAGAGAUGCCAUCAUAUGAGCUAGUACCAGGUUCUGCUACAAGAAAGAGGACUGCCACUUCAAACAGUAGUGAAGAGCCUGCAAAAAAACAGAGCCUGCAGUCAAAAUGUGGUCCUCGGCCUCGGUUCGAGCCUGUCCAUUUUGUAAGCAGUACUGGUACUGAAGAAAAGGAAAAUGCAAAAGACCUUAAGAAGCAAGGAGAGGCUGCUUUAAAUCACUCGGGUUUGGACAAUUUGUCUUCGAAGAGUGCCUGCUGUAACCAAACUGCACCAGUACCACCACUGCAGAACUCUUCUCCUUUUAUUUAUGACAGUUUUGAUGAUAGUUUCUGUAUCCAGGGUGGGAGCACCUCCUCGAACUUUAUGACAAAAUUACAGCAGGAGUACACCGCCAAAUUUGAAGCUCAUAAAGCAAAAGGAUAUGAGUGGAUUCAAGACAGCAGAGUAGGAAACAAAGAUGCUCACAGGGGCCUGGGUUUUGUAAAGGAGGGGAAGCUCGACGCCAGUGGUAACAAGGACAAGAGGACCAGCACAACUCCGCCAAGCUCCCGGCCACCUGAACUGGAGCUGCCACAGCUUCUGCCUGUUCCAACAGUUAUUCUGGAAGACAAACAGAAUCUGAUCAGAAGACUCUCCUCUGCCGUCUCUGUUUCUGUAAGCGAGCCAGGUACUACAACGCACUCUGGCGAGAACGUAAAUUAUAAUUUCAUCUUGAGCCGCUGCAUCCAAGCCUGUAAAACGAACCCCGAAUAUUUCUAUGUGCCUCUAAAAGAGAUUCCCCCAACAGACCUCCCAAAAAACAGAAAACUUCCAAUAGAAGGCUAUGCAUGUGAAUUAAGAUGUCAGUGUGUGUACUUAGCGACUGGCUACUCGGGCAGCAAAAAUGGAGCGCGGGACCGUGCCUCUGAGCAGGCCUACAAGCUGUUACUGAAGCCAGUGGAAGUGCAAGUUGUUCGGCGCAAAUAUAAACACACCUACAUUAAUGACUUUGUGGUAUGUCAGAAGGAUGUGCGAACUUCAAGUUUUCCACCUGCGUUACGUAAUCCUGAGGAGAAAUCGACAUCUGCUUCUCGAGGCCCAGUAGAACUGGACCGAAGAAAACACUGGACCGAGUUUGUCGUUGUCGAAAACGCACUCGAUGCCAUAUGUAUUCUGAACAACUCUGCCGCUUUCAACCGGAUGAAGAUCGAGUACAGGUUUGACAUGCUGGCGUGUUCGAAUGUUUGGCAGUGCAGUAUCUACCUUCAAGAGGAGUUGGUAGCACAAGCAACGGGAAACAAGAAGACCGCCAAGCAUAAAGCUGCAGAAGCCGUACUACAGAAGUUACGGACAAUUCAGUCGGGCAUUCAUAAAGUUGAGAUGCCUCAACAACAUUUUCAACAACCGGAGCUCCUGCAAUCACAGCCACCACUACCAGAAGGCCGCAAACGACAAGUUAAUGAAGUGGUCAUUCUCGAAAAUUCUGACAAUGCAAUCUGUAUUAUCAAUGACACAGCCCAGUUUAAUAAAAUGGCCGCUGAAUACAAGUUUAUAGUUCUACCAGACAGCAGCUGGAAGUGUGAAGUGUACUUGGAGGGUCAAUUUAUUGCUUCCGGGAUAGGUCAAAAAAAAAUUGUCAAGCAUAUUGCUGCAGAGAAUGCUUUGUCCAAGUUGAGGCAGACCCAACCAGUUGUGAAGUCCAACCUAUGGAAAGAUGACGUAGAUGCAAUCUCUCGCAAUCAGAUCCGAGGCAUCUCAUCUGAGGAAGCAAUGAAACAGGAGAUCAAGGAGGACAACAUUGGUAACCAACUGCUACGCAAGAUGGGCUGGAAAGGGGGUGGUCUGGGGCGAGAAGGGGAGGGAAUUGCCGAACCAAUCAAAGUGAAAGAACAGUUUACCAGGCAAGGACUUGGUUUAGAGGUAGAGAGGGGUGGCAAUCGACUGAACAAGAGAGACAUUGAGGAGAUCAUCAAGAACUAUGUUCAUUCAGAACGACAAGAUGAACUGCGGUUUUCAACAGAACUGACAAAUGAUGAGCGAAAACAGAUUCAUCAGAUUGCACACAAGUAUGGACUCCGGAGCAAGUCGUAUGGCCAGGGGAUGCAGCGGUUCUUAAUAGUGGGACGAAAAGUUCAGAAAGAACAGUUGAUUGAUCAGCUUUUACAGGAAGGGCAAGUUGGCAGAUAUGAACUUGUAAAACCACAGCCCAGUCUGUCAUGAUUUGAGAGCACCACUGCAUUUCUUGUUCCUUUUUUUAACAUUAUCUGUUCAUGGCAGGUUGAUUUCUGUAUAUCCCUUUUUUCCUUGUAGACCAUUUUGUCCCCCCAAUCAUGUUCGUCAGGUAUGGCUUAACCAGCUUUUUGUAGAUUGCUGAAUCGUUGGUUGUGCUUGAGGUAUUUUGAGCAGGGAGACCACAUGCAAAGGAGCUCCUUGUGUUGCCGCCUUUGUGUAGUAUAAAGUGAGCCAGCAGUAUCCUGUUAUACGCGUCAUUUUGAAAAGGCAGCUCCACAGGCACCCUCUGUUUCGCUUUGUUCUGGCAAUUUGCAGAGAGCACAUGUAGAAUUUUCUGUAUUUUGAACGUGCUAAUAUUUCCUUAACAAAGCUCUGAUGCUUUAAAUUAAGGAGCAGGAGAGACGUGACAGUGACAGGUGUUUACUGUACAACAAAUAAUAAAUGUGCACAUCACUGUUCAUCAAUGCUCGGUUUCUCAUGCAGUCUCCUCCCAAGAGAUACUUGGUUUUCCUGCUUAUGAAAAAUAAUGAAAGUACAGGAGUCAGUUUGUUUGCGUAAAACACUGCAUUUUAACAUUGUGUGGCCCACUUUUUUAAAGUACAAGAAAUGUAUGGACUUUGUUUACAUAAAGAAUGUCUAUGAUAUGCAA